CCCAAUUGUUGAAGACAUACUAUUAGCCAAAUCAACCCAAAGCAACGAAUCAAAGCAUGACAAAAUUAUGCUUCUUGUAAAAUACUACUAUUCUCCAUCAUUGUCAAUAACGAGCUUGCACUGUUAGCUCACCAUUUCAAACCUGUUUUCGCCAAUUUUCUCACAUACCCAUUUCGUUUUUCUUGCUGUUUUCCCAUUCCCAGCUCUACAAUUUUGGGGUGAUUGAGUAAAGCUACAGUGGUUUCAAGUUUUUCAAACUUACCCAUUUCGUUUUUCUUGCUAUUUUAGUCUUACUUCAGUGUUGUCUUGUUGAGUAUAUCCAGGGAAACCUUUUGGGUGUUGAAAGUUUUAUUCUUGGCAAAAGUUCAGAUGAGAAUUAAAUUCCAAAAUUGUUGCCCAAUAGUUUAGAUAUAAUAUUGGGAUCAUGUACAGUGCUAAUUGGACUGGUUUUGGAUUGGCUGUGGCGUCUAGCGCUUUUAUUGGUUCCAGUUUCAUUAUCAAGAAGAAGGGUCUUCAGAAGGCAGGCGCCUCUGGUACUCGGGCCAGCUCGGGCAGAUAUGGUUAUCUACGGGAGCCUCUUUGGUGGAUUGGGAUGGUAACUAUGAUUGUUGGAGAAUUUGCAAAUUUCGUGGCUUACAUUUAUGCGCCAGCAGUUCUUGUGACACCACUUGGCGCUUUAAGUAUAAUUGUGAGUGCUGUUCUAGCACAUUUCAUACUGAAGGAAAAAUUGAAGAAACUGGGAGUAUUAGGAUGUCUUUUAUGUAUAGUAGGUUCCGUUGUCAUCGUUCUUCAUGCACCUCGUGAACAUGAUCUCAAUUCAGUGGAUGAGAUAUGGGCAUUAGCUACACAACCAGCUUUUCUUUUGUACACUGCAUCAGCAGUUGCAAUAACAUUGGUGCUAGUCUUGUAUUGUGAGCCUCGCUAUGGUCGGACAAAUAUUAUGGUCUAUAUUGGUGUUUGCUCCAUCAUUGGGUCCUUGACGGUUAUGAGCAUCAAAGCUAUCGGUAUAGCUAUAAAGCUUACAUUGGAGGGUUCAAACCAAGCUGCAAAUUUUCAAACUUGGGUGUUUGUGAUGGUUUCUGUCACAUGUAUAAUUACUCAACUAAAUUACUUAAAUAAGGCAUUGGACACAUUUAACACAGCUGUGGUUUCUCCAAUAUAUUAUGCCAUGUUCACAUCACUUACAAUUUUAGCCAGUGCCAUAAUGUUUAAGGAUUGGUCUGGUCAAAGUGCUAGCAACAUAAUUUCAGCGCUUUGUGGCUUUUUAACUGUGCUCUCUGGUACGAUGGUUCUUCAUAGUACAAGAGAUCCAGAUCCUCCUCCUAGUACAGAUUUGUAUGCACAACUUUCCCCUCAAAUAUCAUGGUUAAUACAUGCCAACGGAGAAAUAUGGAAGCAGAAAGAGGACGGCUUGCAUUCAGAAUUUGUUGCAAUAAUCAGGCAGGAUCAUUUCAAGUAGCGUGAAAGAGGAACUUAGAUGAUUGGUUGGCGUCACUUCUCUCUGCCUGUUCAUUCCCGUCCCCCACCCCCCC